GGAUGGGUAUUGCCUGCAAUGACGCUGUGUAAAAAUGAGUAAUGAGCAAUGUGUGCAAUGAAGUUCCCCCAAACACUUUCGUUUUCGUUAGAUUUCUUGCAUUGCCGGCAAAUCUUACCAUAAGCUGAAGAAAGCAUUUCUCAUGUUAUUGGAGAAGAGGUGAAUCUUCUUCGCCAUGGGUCAUUCUGGGAUUUCACUAUAAAAACGAGAGUUCCUGCCUUCGUUAGGUAUCAGUUGUCGUUAUUUCUUACACGGACUAACAACGACGAGAUGAAGGUGUUCGUGUGUUUACUAUCGAUCUGUGCUGUUGCAUCAGCAGGCUUUCUAGGACUAGGAGGCGGUGGAGGUGGUGGUGGUAAAUUUGGAGGAGGCGGCGGCGGCGGAUUUGGAGGCAAAUUCGGUGGAGGCGGAGGCGGUGGUGGCGGAUAUGGAGGAGGAGGUGGACAUGGGGGUGGAUAUGGAGGAGGAGGUGGCCAUGGGGGUGGAUAUGGAGGAGGCGGUGGCGGUGGUGGUGGUGGCGGUGGUUCCGUCCAUAUUGUAAAGGUCAUUAGCCAAGGAGGCGGUGGUGGUGGACAUGGAGGUGGGGGCGGAUAUGGUGGUGGCGGCGGACACGGUGGAGGAUAUGGCGGUGGUGGAGGCCAUGGUGGUGGAUAUGGAGGCGGCGGCGGCGGUGGUGGAGGCGGUGCCGUUCAUGUCUACAAAGUAAUCUCUCAAUCUGGCGGCGGCGGCGGCGGAAGUGGCGGCUACGGCGGAGGACAUGGUGGAGGCUACGGCGGAGGACAUGGUGGCGGCUAUGGCGGAGGCGGCGGAGGAGGUUACGGUGGUGGCCAUGGAGGAGGCGGCGGUGGCGGCUCAGUCAAAAUAAUCAAAAUCAUCGAUGGUGGUUCCGUUGGUGGAGGUGGUGGCGGCGGCGGCCAUGGUGGAUGGGCUGGCGGAGGCGGAUGGGCUGCUGGCGGAGGUGGUGGAGGCCUUAGCGGCGGCUGGCAACCAUCUGGAGGCUGGGCCAAAUAAACUGAAUGUAACAGUGUUUUAACUGCAACACAAAGAUUAGUAACCUUUUAUUGAAAAUUGUUGAAAAUACCCAAGGAUCAUCGUUUUUUGUUGAACUUGAUGUUUUUGUACACAAAAUGUACCUGUUGAUAUUGUGUUUUCACAAAUAUUAAAUAAAUUAAAAAGUAUCCCAAAUUAA